AACCCGGAGGGCUGGGGGAGUGGGCGCCCGGUGCGCUCCGUGGGAAGCAGGGAUGCUGGGCCCAGGUCGGGCUGACCUCAUUUAGAGACCGCUUUCUGACCCUCCUGGAUUUGCGGUGUUUGCCAGAGCGGCGAGAAGCGCCAUUGUGGUGCGGGUGGGAGGGGUGGAGCCACCAAGUCCGGUCUCAAUUUAGAUCUCUCACUCCGCUUUUAGGCGCGCCCAUUUCAGACUGUUCAACUCCAGGCAGGGGGGCAAAAAUCAGGGAGGAGGUGGAAGCCACACCCCGCAGUGCCCGCGAAUUUCCCCAGGAGCCCAGGGUUGUCCAGGCAGACGCUGCGGAGAUGCGGGGCCCACAGCUCCUGACCGCCGCCCACCUCGUCUGCGUGUGGACCGUGUGGACCGCCGCGCUGGCCGCAGCCCCCGGACCCAGGUUUCUGGUGACAGCUCCAGGAACCGUCAGGCCUGGAGGAAAUGUUACUAUUGGGGUGCAUCUCCUGGAGCACAGCCCCUCACCGGUCACUGUGAAGGCAGAGGUGGUCAAGUUGACAGGAAACCGCACUGCCUUUAUUACGGGAGCAGAAGGAGUCUUUGAAAAAGGCUCUUUCGAGAGACUUACUCUUCCAGCAUUACCUCUGCACAGUGCAUAUGGGAUUUAUGAGCUCCGUGUAACUGGACGUGCACAGGAUGAGCUUUUAUUCUCUAAUAGCACACGCUUAUCAUUUGACGCCAAGAGAAUGACGGUCUUCACUCAAACAGACAAAACCGUGUACAAGCCAAAGCAAGAAGUGAAGUUUCGUGUUGUUACACUCCGCUCAGAUUUUAAACCUUCCAAAGCCCCUGUAAACAUUCUAAUUAAGGACCCCAAGUCAAAUUUGAUCCAACAGUGGUUGUCAGAAAAAAGUGACUUUGGAGUCAUUUCCAAAACUUUUCAAUUAUCUUCCCAUCCAAUACUUGGUGAAUGGUCCAUUCAAGUUCAAGUGAAUGAGCAGACAUAUUAUCAAUUAUUCGAGGUUGCAGAAUAUGUAUUACCGAAGUUUGAAGUUGCUCUGCAGACACCAUUAUAUCAUUGUUUGAAGGCUAGGAGUUUAAAUGGUAUUGUCACAGCAAAGUAUACCUAUGGGAAGCCUGUGAAAGGAGAUGUAACACUUACAAUUUCACCUUUAUCUUUUUGGGGCAUUAAGAAAAAUAUUACAAAAAAAUUUAAGAUAAAUGGAUCUGCAAACUUCUCUUUUAAUGGCGAAGAGGUGAGAGAGUUAAUGAAUUUUUCAAAUCAGCUUUCUGAACACAUGUCUCCAUCAUCCCCUGGGCCGGUAGAAAUUUUAGCCACGGUGACAGAAUCACUUACAGGUAUCUCAAGAAGUGCAAGCUCCAAUGUAUUUUUCAAGCAGCAGAAGUACACCAUUGAUUUCUUUGAUUACGCUACUGUCUUGAAGCCAUCUCUCAACUUCACAGUCACUGUGAAGGUAGCACAUCCUGAUGGCAGGCAACUGACUCUUGAAGAAAGAAUGAAUAAUAUAACAAUAAUGAUGAUACAGAGGAACUCUACAGAGUACGGGAGAGGAUGGAAUAGUAGAAAUCAGGAAAUAGAAGCUUUCCAGGUCCUAAACUAUUCUGUCCCCCAGAAUGGAAUCUUAAAGAUUGAAUUCCCAAUCCUGGACAAUUCCACUCAGCUACAAUUAAAGGCCUUUUUUCGUAAAAGUAUGAAUAGCAUGGCAGCUUAUGGUGUAUUUAAGUCUCCUAGUAAAACAUACAUCCAGCUAAAAACAAGAGAUGAAAAUAUAAAGGUGGGAUCACCUUUUGAGUUGGUGGUUAGAGGCAACAAGCAAUUUAAGGAGUUCAACUACAUGGUAAUAUCCAGGGGACAGUUGAUGGCUGUGGGCAAGCAAAAUUCAACAACCUUCUCUUUAAUACCAGAAAAUUCUUGGGCUCCAAAAGCCCGUGUCAUGGUGUAUUAUAUUGAAGAUGAUGGGGAAAUUAUAAAUGAUGUUCUAAAAAUUCAUAUUCAGGUUGAUUUUGAAAAUAAGGUAAACCUAUUUUGGAGUAAACCUCAUGCUGAGCCAUCUGAGAACGUCUCUCUGAGGGUCGCUGUGACACAGCCCCACUCGCUAGUGGGGAUUUUAGCUGUUGACAAAAGUGUGUACCUGAUGAACGCCUCAAAUGAUAUUACCAUGGAAAAUGUGGUCCAAGAGUUGGGACUUUAUAACAUGGGAUAUUAUUUAGGCGUGUUCGUGAAUUCUUUUGCAGUCUUUCAGGAAUGUGGCCUCUGGGUAUUGACGGAUGCCAGCCUUAUGAAGGAUGACAUUGAUGGUGUUUAUGACAGUCAAUCACUUGAUGUGGAGUACAUGGAGGAAAAUGAUGGAAACUUUGGAGAUUUCUAUGACUUUUCUUCAGUUGAGAAUCCACAUGUCAGAAAACAUUUUCCAGAGACUUGGAUUUGGCUAGACACCAACACGGGUUCCGGGAUUUACCAAGAAUUUGAAGUUACUGUACCUGAUUCUAUCACUUCUUGGAUAGCUACUGCUUUUGUGGUCUCUGAGGACUUGGGUUUUGGACUAACAACUACUCCAGCGGAGCUAGAAGUCUUUCAGCCAUUUUUCAUUUCUCCGAAUCUUCCCAACUCUGUGAUCAGAGGUGAAGAAUUUGCUUUGGAAAUAACCAUAUUCAAUUAUCUGAAAGUUGACACUGAGGUUAAGGUGAUCAUUGAGGAAAGUGACAAAUUUGAAAUUCUAAUGGCUUCAAAUGAAGUCAAUGACACAGGGCACAUGCAGAUCGUUCUGGUCCCUAAUGAGGAUGGGGUGAUGGUUAUUUUCCCAGUCAAACCAACACAUCUGGGGGAAAUUUAUAUCACAAUCACAGCUAUUUCACCUGCUGCUUCUGAUGCUAUCACCCAGAGGCUUUUAGUGAAGGCAGAAGGAAUAGAGAAAUUCUAUUCACAAUCCGUCUUGUUGGACUUGAACAAGAGGCUGAAAACUACGCAGAAAGCAUUGACUUUCUCCUUUCCUCCCAAUACAGUGAAUGGCAGUGAAAGAGUUCAGAUCACUGUGGUUGGAGAUAUUCUUGGCUCUUCCAUCAGUGGCUUAGCCUCAUUGAUUCAGAUGCCUUAUGGCUGUGGUGAACAGAACAUGAUAAAUUUUGCUCCAAAUAUUUAUGUUUUGGAGAGUUUAAAAGAAAAAGCCCUUUCAUUUAUGAGACAAGGUUACCAGAGAGAACUUCUCUAUCAAAGGGAAGAUGGCUCUUUCAGUGCCUUUGGGAACGAUGACCCUUCUGGGAGCACUUGGUUGUCAGCCUUUGUUUUACGAUGUUUCCUUGAAGCUGAUCAUUACAUAGAUAUUGAUCAGAAUGUGUUACGCAGAAUAUAUACAUGGCUCAAAGGACGUCAGAAAUCCAAUGGUGAAUUUUGGGAGCCAGGAAGAGUGAUCCACAGUGAGCUUCAAGGUGGCAAUAAAAGUCCAGUAACGCUUACAGCUUAUAUUGUGACUUCUCUCCUGGGUUAUAGAAAGUAUCAGCCUCAUCUUGAUGUGAAAAACUCUAUCAAGUUUUUGGAGUCUGAGUUCCUCAGAGGAAUCCCAGACAAUUAUACUCUGGCUCUUACGACGUAUGCGCUGUCCAUCCUGGGGAGCCCUAAAGCCGCGGAAGCUUUGGAUAUCCUGACUCAGAGAGCAGAACUAGAAGGAGACAUGCUAUUCUGGGUGUCAUCAGCGUCUGGACUUUCUGAGUCCUGGCAGCCCAGAUCCCUCGAUAUCGAAGUCGCAGCCUAUGCGCUGCACUCACACUUCCUGCAGAAUCGGAUUUCUGAUGGAAUCGCAAUUAUGAGGUGGCUGAGCAGGCAAAGAAACAGCUUGGGAGGUUUUGUAUCUACCCAGGACACCAUUGUGGCCUUGAAGGCCCUGUCUGAAUUUGCAGCCCUGAUGAACACAGAAGGGACACAUAUGCAAGUGACCAUAACGGGGCCUGUGGCACCAAGUCCUGUAAAGUUUCUGAUUGACACACAGAACCGCUUUAUCCUCCAGUCGGCAGAGCUUGCUGUGGCAGUGCCAAUUGAAGUUAAUAUUUCUGCAGAUGGUUAUGGAUUUGCUGUUUGUCAGCUAAAUGUUUUUUAUAAUGUGAAAGAUUCAGAGUCUUCCAAAAACCAAAAAUCAAUCCAAAGUCAAAAAGUCUUUGACUUAGAUGUUGCUGUAAAAGAUAAUGAAGAUGAUAUCAAUCAUUUGAAUUUGAAUGUAUGCACAAGGUUUUUGGGCCCAGAAAGAAGUGGCAUGGCCCUCAUGGAAGUGAACCUGCUCAGCGGUUUCACUGUGCCGUCAAAUGCAAUUCCUCUGAGCGAGACAGUGAAGAAAGUGGAGUCCAAUCAGGGGAAACUCAACCUAUACUUGGAUUCUGUAAAUGAAACCCAAUUCUGUGUUGAUAUCCCCGCUGUGAGAAACUUUAAAGUUUCAAAUGCACAAGAUGCUUCUGUGUCCAUAGUGGAUUACUAUGAACCAAGGAGACGAGCGGUGAGAAGUUACAACUCCAAAGUGAAGCUGUCCUCCUGUGACCUCUGUAGCUGCCCCUACGAGAGCGAGAGCGGCGCGCCGGCCUCCCUCCAUCACUCCCCAGUUGUUUUUGUUUUCUGUUUCAUGCUUCUGUUCUCCUUGCAGCGUUGGCUGUGACUGACUUUUUAAGGGCUCCGUGGAACCCAUUUCCAGAGUCACACGUGAUUGUCUUAUUUUCAUAAUCCAAUGUUGCUUCUGACUAUUUUGAAAAACAAUUUUUUUUCCUUCUUUUUGUGGGGUUGAGGGGGAUGCUGUACCACAGGUCCUAGUAGGUAUGGCUGCAUAGAUUUCUUCACCUGACUUCCGUGUGCAACAAAAUGUCGAAUUAUUGCAGCUGUAUAUCUUUAUUUUUCCCCUCUUUAAAAUAUUUUAGGAUUUUGGAGGAGGUGUUGUUUUCUCCAGAAUAAAUGUGUUAUUUUAGAUCCAUUCUUCUUUUCAUUUUCCAGAGGAAAUGAGGUUCUUCAGACUUGUUAAACAUCAGUCUUUCCUUUAGUAUUGAUAACCUAAAAAUAAAAGGCCAAGGCUAGAGGCAUCAGCAUUUAUUUGAGAUAAAAAGGAAUCGUUACUCGGAAAGCACUGAUUCAGGCAGAAGCCCAGAUAGUGUUCGGGUUAGGAGACAGAGACAAGGGGUAUUUAUGAGAAAGGGAAGGAAAGCAAUGACAUCAUUAGAAGGAAGAUGCUCCUAUUGGUGCAGAUGAGCUAACCUAGCGAUGUUUAAUUCUGAACGAUGUGUUUCAUUUUCAGCCCCGUAGCCAUCAGUGUGGUAGUCACAAUAGCUGCUUCCUUGCUGUCCUUGCAGACACAGAGCCGCUGUAGGUUAUUUUGCCCUGUGUUAACCUCCCGAAGGUGUGAGGCCUCAGGCUCGCAAGGCAGCUCCUUUGGGAUGGCAGCUCUGACUCCAUUUUAAAAUAGCUUCAGUCAUAUUAGUUUUUAGUGUUAAAGACAAAUUCCCGGAGAACUGGGAGAAAACAGCCAGAAGGAGGAGCUUGUUCUGUCCCCUUCCCACAUCCACCUUAACACUACUCCCCAGCCCAGCCCACCGCCGUGGUCUCUGUACCUCCUUUGCCAUUGCAUAUCACAUCCCCCUUUUUCCAAUGUAGAUGGUGAAUUUUUUUAAAAUCAAAAUGUGGUUUUCCACUCCAAAUGUAAUCAUAUACCACAUACCUUUACAUUUCCUCUGUUUUUCUUCUGGAGAGAAGAAUGGGAAAGGGAAUGUGUUUUCCUGUGCUUUGCUGGUGGGGGCAGCGGUUGAGGUGUGUCCAGAAAACUACCUGAAAGGGUCCUGGGUGUGCUGUUCUUCUCACGUCCGUCCUCAGCCCACACGCUGGCUCUGUUUCAGGGGGAGGGUUGGAGCGCGUUGCAAUACUUGCCUUACGUGACUUAGACUAGAAGGCCCUAGGCCAGGAGGCACACGUUUUGUUAGGAAUAGGGUGUGAUAAGCCAGGGCUAUGACAAAAUCUUCAAUAAGUCAUGGCUGAGUGACCUCUCUGGUCUGCAAAAGCAGCUGAGGUUUGCCAGGGACCAGAGUCGUGACGUGAUGGCUGAAGUGAAGUAUGUAGGGCAUUGCCGGGGACCUGCCGAAGCGCUUCUAGGCUCCAGCGUCUGAGCACCACACUGUGGGCCAUCUGGGGCCAUCUGAUGCUUGCUGCGAAUGCUUAAAAAUUUCCUGAAUUGUGAGCACCUGGGUCAUAAUAUUCAUUUAUCUGGGUGAAAUCUUUAAAGAAGAAUUCCUUUCCUGUUCUUUCUCUUUUCUCUCCUCCCUCUGUCUUCCUUCCCUUUCCUUCUUUUUUCCUACUUCCCCUUCUAAAUAUAUUAGCUAUAUAAAAAACAAAUGAAAGAACUUUUACUAACUCUAAGGAAUGUUUUAAUGUUACUCCUUAAGUCCAUGGCAUACCUCUCAAGGACCUGGGAAAAAUAAUUGCCAUGGGCUCCAGAGAGUCUGCAUUACAAUAUUUUCAACUGUUUAAAAAUAAAGCUGUCAAAAAUAAAGUACGCAAAUAUAUCUUUUAAAA